GGCAAAGACAUGGCUGCAUUUGGGAGGUGUCCAAUGCGAAGAACUGCUUCGGUGCUUCCCGGCGCCUACUAGCAACCUGUCCCACACCCUCAUCACCCAAGCUUGAAGUGAAGUAGGACGUCUGGGUCAAUUGUACUUAAUCGUCUUCUCGAUCAAGACAGGAGAGUUGCAGACGAUGUCCCACGCCAAGCGUUCUAGGAGAAGCCGCAAAGCAGGGAAUGUCAUAGAGCGGGUACAAGCAUAUCAUGCUGACACGGCUUUUCCUCUUCCCGUGGAACUGGUCGACAUCGUAUUCGGAUAUCUAUGGAGGACACCAAAGGCUCUGCGUGCUUGCGCCUUGACUUGCCGCUCGUGGCAUUCUACAGCUCGUCCACACAUAUUUCGAAACAUUAUUCUGCGAGGACAACCUUCGAUCAACGCUCUUGUCGAGGCGAUUUCUGCAGAUUGUACCGUUGCUUACUGGAUCCGCGAGGUUCGUCUGUAUGGAUACGACUCGCGAAUGACAGGAGCUCCACCACACGACCCAGCACCACCAUUCUGGCAACAUUGUUUUCCUGCAGUGUUCACACCCCGUCUGCCAAAGCUGACCUCGAUUGAGUUCCAUAGCUGGAAACAUGUGCUUACCGAACUUCCUGAAAAAGAAUGCUUCAUCAAUUGGUUAUCAGAGUUGGAAGAGUUGACGGGGGUUAGGAAAUUAACCUUGACCAACUGUCAAUUCGACGAGCGCAGCCUGACGGCUCUCGCUUGCGCCUUUCCAAAUCUUGUCGACGUGCACUUUCAUGGAACCAGCGUCUUGGGCCCGGAUAGUUUCCACUUUCCAUUGCAGCAGAUCAUACAGCAAAUCUUUCAGCUUGUUCCAAAUUUUUUUGGUAACCAGAAUGCACCGAAUAACGGGCCUCUUCCGCCCAACCCUGCCCCAGUUCCUCCACACCCUGUUCACCAUGCGAAUGUUAAUGUAAACCCUCAUCCGCAUCCGCAUCUGCACCCUCACCCCUUCAAUCCUCCACAGCAAUUCUUCCAUCAUCCACUACCCGGAAUACAAGGUGCAAUCCCUAUCGUCCAUAACGUUCCCAUGGGCCCGAUACUACUGAACCCUCACCCUCUACCACCACCUCAGGAUGGCGUAGUCUUUCCCUCCUUACAUCCUAACCCUAAGCUUCGCACACUACAGAUACACAGACCUGAAAAAGCCUGGUCGAUGUUCAAAUUCAGUGAUCUUUCGAACUGGGUGAAGCCGGAGGAAAUCGCACAGAGUUUGAAGAGGUUAGAUGCGAUUGGAGAUCUGAACUCUCUAGCACACUUUCUCACUGGGUUGGGUGCUGAGCCCGCGCUGGAGCGCUUGGAGCUCUGCGUCAGGUACCAUGUCCAAGACGCCAUUCACGCAGGGUUGGACCUCUCUCAGUUGUCGAACUUGACAACACUUCACAUUCGUAUUAGGGCGCUUGAUGACAACCGGGUUCCUACGAUCUUACAUAUCCUCGGCCAACUCAACGCACCCCGGCUACGCAGAAUUGCGCUUCACACUUCAUUUCGAUACUAUAGGCAAUUUAGACCCGAAACUUAUGUCGAACUGGACGCCUGUCUCGCGACCCCUAAAUUCAAGCAUCUCGAGGAAUUUCUGUUGAUCUACGUCGGCGCUCUGACCCCCUCGAAAGUCGUGCAGAGGGCGCGAGCCGUCUUCCCGCUCGCUGCGGAACGUAACAUAUUGAAAGUAACGAAAUACCCUGACAGCUGGUGUCAGGAGGGGGAAGAUUAAGCUGGUGACGGCCUCAACUCUUCGCUUGAGUAGGUUCUUUCCUCAAUCAUGUAUAAGUAUCACUUUAUGUCAGUAACAUGUAUGCUAUGUAACUUACUGUAUGAAUAUAGAUAUGUUCCGGUACUACUUUGAGAGCCUCUCCACGUUCGUUUCGAUUAUUUUUUGGCCGAGCUGCUGUACGCUAAUUGGAAAGAUGCCUCGAAAUAAUGGAUACUGUAUCAC